CCAACCCCAGCUCCACGCUAAUUAUCUAAGUUGAAAGACCUUUCACACCACAGAGUUGCGUUCUUCUGCACAUUACAGACUGAAAAUGAGGAGAAGCGACGGAAUCGACAGAAGAUUCUCGUUUUAGGGUUUUGAAGGAAGAACGAAUAGAAAGAGAGAAUCUAUCCAUAUAGUAACGGGGAGGAGUAAGAGAAAAUCAUUAGGGAAAAUUAGGACGGGGAGGAGAUGCCGCUGUUUCUGACCGAUGCAGAAUUCGAGGGCUGCUCUCACGACCCGAGGCUGGUGGCGGAGAAGGCAGACAUAUUCAUCAGGGAGCUUUACAACCAACUUGAAACGGUGAAGGCUCAGGCGGAUGCCGACUCCAUCACCGCCGAACAGAACUGCUCCCUGGUCGAGCAGAAGUACGUUUCCAUUUGUUCUGAGUUCUCCGCUCUCCAAUCCCAGCAUUCCCAGCUCAACUCAUCCCUCGAUCAACGACUCUCCGAGCUCGCCAAGCUCCAAGAGGACAGUCAACAGCUUCACCUCCUUUCUAUUGGCAAAGAUGGGGAGAUUGAACGCCUGUCUGCUGAGGUAUCUGAGCUUCACAAAUCCAAAAGACAGUUGAUGGAUUUAGUGGAGAACAAGGAUUUAGAGAUAAGUGAGAAAAAUGCAACGAUCAAAAGCUACCUGGAUAAGAUAGUCAUGCUAUCUGAAAAAGCUGCAUCGAGGGAAGCACGGUUGAGUGACUUGGAGUCUGAAUUGGCUCGCUCUCAAGCUUCAUGUUCACGGCUAGUGCAGGAGAAGGAGCUAAUUGAGAGGCAUAACACAUGGAUUAAUGAUGAGUUGACAACCAAAGUCAAUGAUCUCUUAAACCUGCGUAAAAAUUAUUCUAAGCUUGAGGCAGACAUGACUGCUAAAAUUUCUAACCUAGAGAGGAGUUUCAGUGAAUGUUCUAACUCGCUAACGUGGUACAAGAACAGAUCUGGGGAGCUGGAGGUUAAGUUGUCAUCCUUGGAGCAGGAACUUUUAUCCUCAAAAGAUGCAGCAUCAAGGACAGAGGAACAGCUAUCUUCUGAAAUUUCAACUUUAAAUAAGCUCGUGGAACUAUACAAAGAGAGUUCGAAUGAGUGGUCUAAGAAGGCAGGUGAGCUUGAGGGUGUGAUCAAGGCAUUGGAGGCCCAUUCAAACCACAUUGAAACAGACUACAAAGAGAGGCUUGAGAAGGAAGUUUCAACUAGGAAAGAAUUAGAAGAGGCUGUUGCAUCUCUGAAGGAAAAACUUGCAACAUGUGAAAAGGAAUUGGAAAAAAGCAAGGCAGAUGGUAACACAAUACCUUUGAGUAGUUGCAAUACUGAAUUGUGCAUACAUUCAGUUCCAUCAACUGGGAUGAUUGAAGACGAUCACUGGCUUGUACCCACUAUUCCAGGUGGCAUUUCAGGAACAGCAUUAGCUGCAACGCUUAUUCGAGAUGGUUGGAGUUUGGCUAAGAUGUACACAAAAUAUCAAGAAGCUGUUGAUGCAUUGCAUCAUGAGCAACUGGGUAGAAAGCAGUCUCAAGCUAUCUUGGAGCGGGUACUUCAUGAUAUUGAGGAGAAUGCUGGGGCUAUAUUGGAUGAGCGAGCGGAACAUGAGAGAUUGGUGGAUGCAUACACUGUGCUGGAUGAAAAACUCAAGCAUUCUCUUUCUGAGAAAGCUACUUUAGAGAGUGACAUUGAAGAAUUGAAGGCUGAUUUGCGACGAUGUGAACGGGACUAUACAUUAGCUAAGCAGGAGACUAUGGAUCUCCAGAAGCAGGUGACUGUGCUUUUAAAGGAGUGCCGUGAUAUACAACUCCGUUGUGGAUCUGUGGAGCAAAAUGCUGUCCCUGACAUGGUCAUUGGUGAAAGUGAUUUUGAUCAGGAUGAGAAUCUGUUGAGCUUCAAGGAUAUAAGUGGCCUAGUUGAACAAAAUGCCCAGUUGAGGAGUCUUGUUCGCAACCUUACUUCUCAGAUUGAAACCAGAGAAUUAGAGUGGAAGGGUAAGUUUGAAAAAGAGCUUCAGAGACAAAUUGAUGAUGCUACCUCAAAAGUGAAUGCUGUUUUAGCAAGAGCUGAUGAGCAAGGACAUAUGAUUGAGUCACUUCACACAUCUGUUGCAAUGUACAAAAAGUUAUAUGAAGAGGAACACAGGCUUCAUACUUCUGAAAAAUCUCCUCCACAUUUGGCAGAUGAUCAGCGGGCAGAACCAAUGAUUUUAACUGAACGCUCUCAGGGAGUUCCGCUGAUGGCAAAUGAGCAGAAACUAGAGCGCCUUAAGUGCCUUGAAGAUGAAGUAGUUAAAUUACGGAGUGAGGUCAUUUCAGUACGUUCUGAGCGUGAUAAGUCAGCUUUAGAAGCCCAAUUUGCGCAGGAGAAGCUUGAUAGAUUUCUGAAAGAUUAUGAACACAUGAGAGAGGAACACAAUGCUCUCAUUGUAAGAAAUGUAGAGUUCUCUCAACUGAUCGUGGAUUACCAGAAGAAGCUGCGCGACAGCUCUGAGUCAUGUAUAUCUGCUGAGGAACUCUCAAGGAAAUUAAACAUGGAGAUUUCAAUUCUGAAGCACGAGAAGGAAGUUUUUCUUAGUUCUGAAAAGAGAGCAUCUGAUGAAGUACGUAGUUUAUCAGAGAGGGUUCACAGAUUGCAGGCCUGUUUAGAUACUAUUCAAAGCACUGAGGAAGUCCGCGAGGAGGCUAGGGGGGCUGAGAGGAGAAAACAAGAGGAAUAUGUCAAGCACAUCGAGAAAGAAUGGGCUGAAGCUAAGAAAGAGUUGCAAGAUGAGCGUAACAAUGUACGUAAUCUUACACUUGAGCGAGAGAAUGAUUUAAAAAGUGCUCUGAGGCAAAUUGAAGAAACAGGGAAGGAGUUGGCAACUGCUUUGCAUUCUCUAGCUGUUGUUGAGUCUAGGGCUGCUGUUGCAGAGGCACGUGCAGUUGAUUUGGAAGAAAGAUUGAGAUCUUCACAUACCAAGGUCUCUGAUAAUGAUGAUGGAACUGGUCCUUCCUUUUCCAGUGAGAUUUUUGCGGACCUGCGUGCUGCAGAAGAGGAAAUUAAAAAUUUGAGAGAAGAAGUACAGGGUUGCAAGGAACAUAUGCUCCAGUACAAAAAAAUAGCUAAUGCAAAUGAAGAUGCACUGAAGCAGAUGGAACUUGUUCAUGAGAACUUCAAAGUCGAGGCUGAUAAUGCGAAGAAAUGUCUCGAGGAGGAAGUUUUCUUGCUUCGCAAGCAGGUGAAGGAUUUUGAAGAUGAAUGUAAUUUAAUGGCUAAGGAGGCCACUUCUGCAAAAGCUGGAAAAGAUGAGGAACUUGAAUCUGCCUCUUCUGAGAUUGCCCGUAUUAAAGAAGAUUGUGCUAUGAAGACAUCACAAAUUGAAACACUAGAGAUGCAUAUAUCCUCAUUGAAAGAUGACUUGAAGAAAGAGCGCCAAAGGCGGGAGGCUGCUCAAGCUAAUUAUGAAAGACAGGUUAUUCUGCAGUCAGAAACAAUUCAAGAGUUGACUAGAACGUCUCAGGCAUUAACCUCACUGCAAGAAGAAUUGUCUGAGCUACGCAAGAUGUCAGAUGUGCUAAAAAAUGAAAAUGUUGAACUGAAGGCAAGGUGGGAGGCAGAAAAGUCAGUGUUAGAAGAGUUAAAAAGUCAAGCUGAUCUGAAAUAUAGUGAGGUCAAUGAACAGAACAAAAUAUUGUUGAGUCAGCUCGAGGCUAUGCAUAUCAAACAGGCUGAAAAGGAUCGAAUUUCAACUGGAAUAAAUUUUGGACUCACUAGUGCAGCAAGUGACGAUGGCCUACAUAAUGUUGUGACCUAUUUAAGGAGAUCAAAGGAAAUUGCAGAAACAGAAAUUUCUUUGCUGAGACAGGAAAAACUUCGCCUGCAAUCUCAGCUUGAAAGUGCUCUUAAGGCCGUAGAAACAGCUGAAGCAUCAUAUCGUGCUGAAAAGGAAAAUGCAAAAGCUCUAGUAUAUAGAGAAGAUGAAUUUAAAGGCCUACAGCUUCAGGUGAGAGAGUUGACCUUGCUUCGCGAAAGUAAUGUGCAAUUAAGGGAAGAGAACAAGCAUAACUUUGAAGAGUGUCAGAAACUACGGGAAGCUGCCCAGAAAUAUAGGUCUGAGGUAAAUGAUCUCAAGAAGCUUCUCAAGGAAAGGGAACAAGAUGUUGAAGCUAUGAGGAAGGCAACUGACUUUGAAAGAACUGAGAAACAUCAUCUUCAGAGUAGAAUCGAUGAGUUGGUUGAGAAGUGCAAGAGUGUUGAUGUGGAUGAUUACAAUCGUACUAAGGAAGCUAUUCAUCAUAUGCAGGCAACUCUGAAGGAAAAGGAUGAUCAAUUGGAGGAAAUUAAGAAACUUGUGUCGAGGAAACAAGAGUUGAUAGCUGCACUUGAGCAAGACCUUGCAAGGAACCGAGUGGAAUUGAGUCAGAGGGAGUCUAGAAUAAAUGAGCUUUUGCAAUCUGAGGCCUCUUUAAGAUCUGAGUUUGAUAAACUGAAGAGAUCAUCCCAUGUACAAAAGAAGAGGUUAGAGAACCUAGUGAAGGAAAAAGAGGAUCUGACCAAGGAGAAUCAAGUUCUUUCCAAGAAAUUAGAAGAUGCUCUGCAAGGGAGAAGAAAUGAUGGAGAGGCUAUGACUGAACAAGCAUUAAAAGAGAAGGAUAAGGAGAAAGACACCAGAAUACAGAUAUUGGAGAAAACAUUAGAAAGGCACAGGGAAGAGUUGAAGAAAGAAAAGGAGGAAAAUAAGACAGAGAAAGUUAGGCGUAUUAAGAAUCAAAAGUUAUGUGCAGAGUACUUGGAUCAUGUCAAGCAGCAACAAUCAAAUAUAUUGGAUGAACUGGAGAAGCAUAAGCAGGCUCUUAAAAUGUUGACAGAAGAGAAGAAACUAAGGCAAGACAAUAGUCAGUCUGAGGGUGGUACUUCAGUGGAUCAGCUUCUUGCUGGAACCCGCUUACCAGACUUCACAGCUGCUUAUAUCCAGGCCGUUAGUAAUUUUGAAAGACUUGCCCAACCUAUAUGCAUUGAUGGCGGUUCUUCAUCUGCUGUAGACAUUUCUUCAGGCCCAGUGAGCUCACAAUUAUCAAUUGGUCCUGUGGUGGAAUCCGAUGUGCCAAGUACCAAUAUGUCAACUCUAUCUACCUUGGCAAAAACAGAAGAUGAUAGAGGGAAAAGGUCGAUAUUGUCAAAGUUUAGUAACCCCGAAUCCCGUAAAGCAGGGGUUAGGAAACUGGUCCGUCCCCGUAUCGUGAAAUCUGAAGAACCUCAUCAUAACGAUGAUAUAGAGAUGGCAGAAGCAGUGGGUGCAAGUGAAAAACAGAUGGCUUCUCAUACUGCGGAAACUCAAGACAAUCCAAUCGUGGUGCCUUCUCAGCUAUCUGCUCGCAAGCGCCCAUCAGCUACAUCUACAAUGGAGCUACAGCAAGAUGAUACUCCAGCGGCUUCUGAAGAAGCAAGGGCUGAUCCUAUUCAUCCGUUGUUCAAAAAGGCCAAGGGUCCAGAUGUAAUAAACGAGGAGGGUGGUGAAGCAAAAUCUGCAGAUAAUUUAGUUCCGGAGUCUGUCCCCUUCAAUGAAGGAGAUGCCGUUGUUGGAGAUGUGACCCAAGGUUUGGAGGAGGAGGGUGACAAGAAGGACGAGGCAGUGUCUACAGGAGCAGGGGAGCAGCUUGGUGAAGAGAUGGUUUCAGUUGAUCAGGCAAACGUGGACAGGUGCGAUGAUAUGGCAGAAGACAUUUUGGACAGUAGCAGGCCUGAUGAGGAAGAUGUUGUCCAGGAAGAUGAACAUGUUCAGACACAGCAACAAGAAGAUGUCAUCACCCAUGGAGCAGAAACAGAAUUUGGAGGUGAAAAGGAGGGAGAUGUAGCUGAUGUUGAGGAUGUCAGUGUCUACUUGGUAAUGGAAAGCCCAGAUGUUGGCCAGUCAGAGCAACAAGUAGCAACACCUGAGAAUGUAAUUGGUGUUGACGAAGAUCCCUUUACCGAAACUGGUGAGGUGGAUGAUGACAACGGAGGGGAUGAACCCGGUGAGAUUACAGACAAAAUGGACUAUGGUGGUGGUGGUGGUAGUAGUGAUCAGGCCAUUGCAGAGUCUGAUCCGGAACCGGAAACCACACCAGAAAAACUCCCAGCCAGCAGCACUAGCACCACCAGCAAUCCUGCUUUGGCAGUGAAGGAAGAGAAUAAUCCUACAGGCGACCCAGAAGUUGACCCAGAAGUAAAACAGGCAACAGUGGCUCCCAGAAGCUCAAGAACAAUUAAUAUCGCGGAAAGAGCAAGAGAAAGGCAGAGGGAAAGAACAGCACAACCGUCUUCAAAUCCGGCGCGUUCAUCGCCUUCGCUCAGGUCCCGCGCUAGAGCAGCUCGAGUCCGUGGUAGUCGUGGUGGGCGUGGACCCUUGUCCGGUUGAACGCACAUUACCAAUGGUGAUGGUUGAGUUGUGUUUGGGAUGAAUCUGUGCAGCAAUGUGAGAAGAGCUUUAAUGGUGGCUUACAUUUCGGUGCAGAACCCCUUGCUCAUAAUCCUGGGAUUGCAAAUACUUUCUUUCUUGAUCAUUUCUUAUUGGCUUCACUCCGCUUUUUUUGUGAGGUGUUGUGAAAAGUUGAUUCUGUUUUUGUUACUUUUAUGAUUAAAUAAUAUAGUUAUGUCACCAUUGAUUUGUUUCUAGAAUUUAGUUUUAAAUAUAUAAUUUUUACCUUU